AUGUUUCUAGAUCCUAUCCGCUGCUUUGUGGGCUUUUGUUUUAUUAGCUUUUUUCGCAGAUACCUCUGGAUUUCAGAGGCUGCAUUAUUUUUUUAUCAUGAUCAUCUCCUGAUUUUGGCAUUUCAUGUUCUCAUCUAUUAUAUGAUCAAAUGAAAUUAUUCGAUAAUACUUCGUUAUAACUUACAUAUAAGGUUGAAUAUCAUCAGGAAGAAGCAACAAGGUGCAUCGUCCACUCAGUUCCCCAGCUGACCGUCAUUUGUCGAGCCAAACGUUUCCAUGUUACUUUGUUAGCACAAAAUUUGCAUUGUCCCGAACAAACAGAAGCUUCAAAAUAUGAACGAGAAUGCCUUCAACUUCUCCAUGCAAUCCAAUCUGAGGAUGAAAUAGAGUACAAUCCCGAAGACCCAGAUCCUCUUGAAGCGAUAUUUGAUUGGGUUGUAACUCCAUUCCUUCCCAUCUUCCAAACAUUACCACCACAGCUCUCAUCAACUCCGCAGAUGCAAACCUUAUACGAAUAUUUUAAUCCUCCUACAUUAUUUUUCACACUCAAAGUGGUUCAAGGAAAACUCACCCCAAUAGCCACACCUGCAAAUUCUCACUCUCUCGAAUAUCUCAUACCGAGUAUGAAACUACCUCCGAUUGUGCUCGAUGCAGAUUUGCCAACCUUCCAACCUUCGAAUAUUUAUACACAUUGUGAUCUGCGAUCCGAAGGAGCACAAUUUCCUACCAAGGUAUUUGGAGAUCAUUUACCGUAUUUCUACAAAGCUACCAGUCACGGAAGAUCUACAGCUAUCGAACGUGAGAUUGAUCUUUUACUACGUUUGGAACGGACAGGAUUGACAAGGAAGAUUCGUAUACCAAAGCUUUGCGGAUAUGUGAAGGUCGAUAAAAAGGACAAGGUCAUGGGAUUAUUAUUGACGUAUAUUGAAUACCAAGAUACUUUGCAAGGAAUCCUUCGCCAAAAGCCUGAUAUCACUCUACGAAAAAAAUGGUUCUUUGAUAUUGAAAAUAUGCUUAGGUUACUACAUGAAACAGGUAUUGUUUUGGGAGAUGCGAAAGCAGAUAACAUUCUUAUUGAUAAUACAAACGAAGUAUGGAUGAUCGACUUUGGGGAGGCUAUACCUCUGAAUGGAUUAGCAAAGAGAAGUGUGAAUCUGUCGAAGGAGAUUUGGAAGGGUUGCAGAGAAUCAAAGAGCAUCUUCAGAUAG